AUGGCUCACACAGUGCUAUAUCGAUUCGGCGGAUAUCCUCCGGAAGAAUUUCGCGAGUAUUCGUUUGGAGAAGUGAUCACAACGAAGACAUGUGUCGACGAACAAGUGAUCGCAUAUUGUCAACGAUCUGCACAUCUGGCAAACCAGGCAAUGCAGAAACAUAAUUUGGAACAGUAUGAGGUCUCCAUCGAAGACAAAGAUGGUGAAGCACUCAUCUCUUUUCGGAUACAAUUUCGACGAUCACCAAACUUCUAUAACCGGACCAUAAAAAACCUAGUGGAACCAGAAUUAUGCCAACUUCGACACAACUUAGCCGAUGCUUUGUUGAAAUUACAGUCGCUGACGAUUUCUGAAGAACUUCAAGAUCGGCUAAGUACACCUACCCGCCUACGAAUUCGUCUUCAACUCUGUAAUAAGCAACCAAAGCGUCUAUUCAAGACCACAAGCGAACCGACACUGCCAGGUGUUCUAAUACCAUGGGCGGAUCCCGUGAAGAACGAGUACAAUCAGCUCCUCUUCACUGCUUUCGUACCACCUGACUCUUCAACAACUGAUUAUUGACGAUCUCUUCAGCAAAGCAACAACAACGGAUAUGAUCUUGAUUCUUUAUUAUUACUUUUGCUUUCAGUAUGAUGAUCAGUUUCUAACUCAUUUUCUUGGGAUCAUUCAACAAAUAAACCAUUAUUAAUUGAC